UUUUGAGUCAAAUUACCGUCAAGGUCAAUAGGUUGAAAAAAUGUCUUGAAAAUUUCUCUCAUGACUUUGAGACUCAUUCAUUUUGUUCAUCGAAGUAUUCACAUUGUGUUGUAACUGAUUUCAGUAGGCCUAAGAUAUAUAAUUCGUUUAACUAUCUAAUUUAAAGUGACUUUUGUCGAGUAAAAAAAUAAUUCAUACCCGGCGUGAGUUCCUCUCUCAAUAUUGACGCACAUAACGUGACGCGCUGUGCUGUUUGCGGACAGAGCAAUUUGAAAUCCACCUUCAGUUAUAGUUCAGGGCUUAUAUUGUGCGAGAGGUUAGGAGUUCGAUAACAGAGUUUUUGCUCUGCCUCAAGAGGAAAAUCAACUUUGUUAAUUAAAAUACAAGUAAUCGAGCUACAAACGACGAAAAAAAAACGUGAACGUGUAACAUAUUAUAAGCAAAAAAAGUGUACAAAAAAAUUUCAUAAUGUUAAGCAAAACAAAAUUAUUGCGCAACGUAGGCUCUCUGAGAAAAUGUCUCGCUGCCAAUGUGGAAUUCGGAAACGCAGGCAUGCUUUUGCCGACUAUUCAGGUUCGGGAAAAAGCGACUACACCAAUCAAUACUGUUGUAAUGUUUGUUCCCCAGCAAGAGGCAUGGAUCGUCGAGAGGAUGGGAAAGUUUCACAGAAUAUUAGAGCCUGGUUUAAAUUUGCUCAUUCCAGUUAUUGAUAGUGUUAGGUAUGUACAGAGUCUCAAAGAAAUUGCCAUUGAUGUUCCAAAACAGAGUGCCAUCACAUCUGACAAUGUUACCUUGAGUAUUGAUGGUGUACUAUACUUGAAAAUAAACAAUCCUUACUUGGCAUCUUACGGUGUACAGGAUCCUGAAUUUGCCAUCAUCCAAUUAGCCCAGACUACAAUGAGAUCAGAACUCGGUAAAAUUGCUCUAGAUAAAGUAUUCCAAGAAAGAGAAGGACUCAAUAUCAGCAUUGUAGAAAGUAUAAAUAAGGCUAGUGAAGCUUGGGGAAUAUCAUGUCUGCGUUAUGAAAUUCGUGACAUUAAAUUGCCUGAAAGGGUACAUGUAGCCAUGCAGAUGCAGGUAGAGGCUGAGAGAAAAAAGAGAGCUGCUAUCCUUGAAUCAGAAGGUAUCAGGGAAGCUGACAUUAACAUUGCAACGGGUAAAAGGCAGGCAAGAAUUCUGGCCUCUGAGGCUGAUAAGCAAGAGCAAAUAAACAAGGCUAGUGGUGAAGCUGAAGCUAUGCUGGCAGUAGCUGCAGCUCGUGCUAAAGGUUUGGAAAUUGUUGCUAGUUCAUUGGGAGCUGAAAAUGGACAGAGUGCAGCUGCACUCACGGUUGCAGAGCAAUAUAUUCAUGCAUUUGACAAGCUUGCCAAGACAAACAAUACUGUGAUUAUUCCCAAAAAUGUAGGCGACAUAAGCAGUUUUGUGGCUCAGGCGCUCUCCAUUUAUAAACACGUUUUACCAGAGAAUGGGUCACCCCAACAAGCACAAGCCCAACAAGUUUCCGGUCAAACAAAUCACUAUUCAGUAGAUGCUUCAGACGAUACAUAUGAAUAUUUCAGCGAUAAAGAAGAAGCUGAAAGUUACAAGAGGAAAAGUACAGGCGACCAUUCUCCCAAAGCAACGUAAGGUACAUAGCUAUCAUUUGCCUAAAAUCUAAUUAUAAAAAAUGUUUUUUUUUAUCAAAGGCGAUAGAAGCGAUGAAUUUUAAAAAUCCGUUAUACCUAUAAAACAGUUAUUACUAUUAUAAAAUAUAAAUUCAGAAAUCAUGUGAAUAAUUCUAAUUUGAUGAUAUUGUUUUUAUUAGAAUUUUUAUUGUCGAAUUAUCAAUAAUGAAUUAUAAUUUUUAUCAGUAAAAAAGUUGAAAAAAGUC